UAUUGGGCGUGUUUUCGUGGAUCUAAACAUGGCUCUGCGGUAAUGAUGAUUUCAUCUUAACAUCGCGAUAUUUUUUUAGGAAAUGUGAAGAGGAGGUUGAAAUUUAAUACAAAUACAGUCCUCUGAAAAAAGAUUCUUCAGGAUGGAUGACACCCAUAAAGAUCACAUUGUGAUGACCCCAAAGAGGAAAACUGCAAACUCAACGACUUUAGCCAUUGAGAGGAAGACAUCUGUCAGCGAUGUGAAGUCCGGGAACGUGCAUGUAGCUGGUGGUGAUCACCGUGGCAUUGUUAUCAACAAGCAGCUUGUGGAAGACGAGAGCGACUCGCCCGCGCAGCUGUCCCUGGAGUUCCGGGUGUUCCUGGUGAGCGGGCAGACGGGCCGGCACACCCAGGAGAGCCGCACCUUGCAGUUCUGGUUCGCCGCCGGACUGUCCGACUCCGAGCAGGCCACCGUCGCCCAGGAGUUCUUCAAGGAGCUGGUCAGCCCGCAGGAGUUCCCCCGCGAUUAUGUUGGCUUCAUAAAGAAGGUGAUGAAACAGCUGCAGCAUGGUUACCGUAACAUCAAGAAGGUUGAGGUGACGCUGACACAGUUGGAUGAAGUCGAAACACCUCCGAAUCGACCAUUGUCGGCGGACGAGAGCUCCCUGGGCGCGGCCGCCGUGCUGAGCGAGGAGAAGCUGCUGGAGCUGCUGGAGUCUGCGUACCCCAACCCGCUGCAGGUGGCAGACAUGGCCCGGGCCCACGGCUGGGCCGAGGACGAGGUGGCGGCGGUCCUCGCCUCUCUGCAGGGCAAGGGGCUCGUCAAGCCGCUGGAGCAGGGCGUGUUCACCCGCGUCGGCCAGGGGGACACCGAGAUACAGGUCGUGAAGCAAAUGCCUACAAUGGCUAGUUCAAAACAACCAACCAUAGCCAUCAUUACUGCACAGUAUUGCGAGAAGCUUGCUGUCGAUGCCAUGAUAGAAAACAAGGAAACCUUUGUGAGAUACACAACAGUCGGUUCGUCUGGCAUUUCUCACGAAAACGGAAGGGUUGUUCAAAAGAAUCGAUUUGGGGAAUCAAAUGUUUAUACACUAGGCAACAUUGGUGCUCACCGAAUUGUCUGCACAAAGUUGCCAACUGUGGGACACACACGAGAAGCCAUGACUGCAGCAGGGAACACUACUACAAGACUUUUGGGAACAUUCCAGAAGGUGGACUAUGUGUUCUUGGUGGGCGUGGGGGGAGGUGUGCCUCACUUCACAGACUACAAUAAACACGUGCGACUGGGUGACGUGGUUGUGUCCUAUCCAGUUAAUGGACACAAGUAUGUUUACAUCUACUGUGAAAAUACAAAGGAGUCAGAUGAUGGGAGUUUUAAGUUUGAAACCAAGGCAUACAGUCCAGUUAAUCCAUGUUUGCAAGAAAUAGCAGCUAAAAUAAAAUCUCAGGUUGAGCUUGAGGAUUGCUCAGGGCCGUGGAUGAAGUACCUGCAGGAGGGCCAGGAGUCCCUGAGAGCGGACUCGGAGCAGGACUUCAGCCAGCCGCCUCCGGAAACCGACAAGCUCUACAUGAGCAUAGGGAACAGGGACUUGAUCGAGGUCGCUCAUCCCGCCCCACUGGAUGGCGCGCCCAGUAGGCUGGAACGAGGUCCCAAACUGCAUCUCUCGCCAGUAGCGUCGGGCAGGGCAGUGGCUCGCGAAGACCAACUCAGGCAGCGCUUCUCCGACCAGUUCGGAGCUCUGGCGUUUGACUCGGAGUUUGAUGCCGUGGUGGAGUCUGUGAUGGGCAACUGCCGCGACAGCUUCGUGUGCUUGCGCGGCAUAGCAGACUACAAGGAUGGCACCCGGCGCAAGGAGUGGCAGCCUUAUGCGUCUCUGGUUGCUGCUAGCGUCAUGAAGACCAUCAUCUGUGGCAUGGACCCACCAUCUGAUGUCUAGGUUGAUGCUGAAAUGUUUUAGAAAUCUGCAAUGAUUUAAAAAAAAUUGAAUAACUUGUUUUAUUUUUUACUAUAUUGUAUCUUGUUAACAGAUGAUUAUAAGGCUUAUACAUUUGUUGGCUUAGUAUGAGUUAAAAUGCAGGUGGUGAACAUUUUAAAGUCCAGACUUGUUUUCAAAGAUUUUAGGCGGUUUAAAAAAAAGUUGUUUUUAUUGUUUUAUUAAGAGACAGUGGCACAGAUUUUUCUAAUUUUCUUGGAGGUGUAACUCAAUAAAAAAUUCACUAUAUUUUUACUACUAAAUUAGUUACAGUUGAGUUACAUGUAAGCUCUCAAUUCCAAGUAUGUAUGCUAAAUGAUCAUACACAUAUUGAUGUUUUUUUUUUUGCAUCGCUGCUUAGAGGUUUGCAGUUUUUUCCAGCAUUUUUUUAUUUUCAUCCUUUCAUUGUGCAGUUAUGUUAUUUGGGUCAUUAUAUAGUCAUGUCAUGCUGUUUGUAAAAUGAAAGGAAUUCAUUUUAUUGCUUAAGUACAAGGGUUUAACACUUUCAUUGGCUUAAUUGCCAAUAAUAUAUCUUGCCACCAUAGCUCUCAUAAAUUUUACGCUUCCCUUAAUUCUUGAACCAUUGCACUAUAGCAAAUAUUAUUUCCUGGGUAGCUGGGAUUCUAAAGUUGGAAAAAAAAUUAAGUACAUCAUCAAGCAUUUAUACUGUUAAUUAUUCUACUGGUUGUGUAAAACAAUUUUGGGCCUAGUUAGAUUCUCAUUUAUUUUCAGAGUCACCAUUCACUUUAUUUUAGCGCUGAGCCGAUAUGGUUUUGACGUGACUCGAAUAUUGCUGAUACAUUUGUACUGAUAUUGCCGAUACCGAUUCUGAUACUGCUCAGAACAUAAACAUACUUUUGUUUAUUUUUAUUUUACACAUUUUUUUGGUAGCUAAUUUAUACAUUCAGAAUAUAAUAUUUAUUUAGUAGUUUUGCUCAUAAAAUAUGUAUGCAUAUAUUAAUUACAAUCUUGAGCUCAAGUGUUUUAAAUGAAGUAAUUUUAAUACGUAAAAUUUGAAACGUGUAAAGUUGUUCUGUUUCAUAAUAAUUUCAUUAAGGUCUUAGUUUAAGAUAUGGUGAAAAUAAAGGCCUCAAUAAACUUUCCAAAACCACUUGAAAGAAUAGUCAAAAUUUUAUUGUAUUAAAAAAAAAAAUUUAAUUUGGAGGAAUUGCUUUAUCACAAUUGUGAGACAGUAAAGAAAUAUGGUUUGCAAAGAUGCUACUCCAAGUCACAGAGGAAAAAAAACUUUGGAGGCGAAAUCUAUUAAAAUGAUGAUGCAUCAGCCUGCCAGAGGUUGCAUGGCUAUAUUUGUCUGCUGCUGGUCUCCUGAGCGGUGCUGUACUAGUCUGGCAGCAGAAGGGACUAGUAAGCACAUUCCUUGCCUAUAACUGUUAUUGAACCAGUUUAUUGACAUCCAGCAGUAAAAAAUGAGGAAUAGUCACUGCUAACGAGAGAGAGUGCAUGGGAGGCUCAUGGGUCGAGCAGCACUUAGGAAUUUCGUCAAUCGUGUGACGAUUACCAGUUCUUGUUUUUUCACUUUUUUCUAUAUAAUUCUAACAAGAGCAAAACUGGAUGUUGUUAUAUCAAUUUAGUAAACAGUGUUUUAUUUACUCGUUAAAUAAUAUAACUCGGGACUUACUGUGCAAUGUUUUGUGGCAAGUUUAGGAUUGGUUUUUUGCUUUUUGGAUGUUGCAGAAUAUUUAUGCAGACAUGUUUGCUGUAUCAUUUUUACCAGAACAUGUCUAUCUUAAAAAAGUAUUAACAUUGCGAUAAUAAAGAACACCUCAAUUACCGUUAAAUAGUAAAACUCAGAAUUAACUGCAUGCAGCAUCGAUAAAUGUGGUGAGUCACGGCUCAGUUUUUGAUUCAUUUUGACAAAUCAUUAUGCAGAUGCCAACACUUCUGGAUUAUUUUUUUCACCAGAAAUCAUCCACUUUUUUAAACAUUAACCUUUUCAUAACAAAGAACAUCUUCACAUCAAACAGUAACAUCUCUACAUUGGGGAGACGUGGCCUGGCUUGAGUUUACUCAAAAAUAUAAGUUGUUAUGUCGGGAAUUUUUAUGCAAUUUUUGCAUGAUUUUAAUAUUAAAAAUUUGUCUGGUUUCAGUAGAUUGUAACCAGAAUCGGCUUGAUUGUACUUCAAUUUGCAUCAAACAAAAGUUGGACUUUUUUUUUUUUGCUUUCUAUUAACUUUUAUAUUUUUAAUAUUUUUUCAUUGGAGUUUCCUGUAAUUCAUAGAAUGAUGUUAGAUUGAAUAAAUCUAUUUUUUUCUUUUGCUUACAUGCAUUUUAUGUUGUACAAAAAAUUAGGUUCUUGAAUUUUAUGCAUCAGGUUUAUUACAGUGUGGCUACUGCAAGUAGAAGGUGUUGCUGCAUUGUCUGCCGUACUUAAGCAGAGUAUGGCAACUUUUAAACACGUCACUCAGAGCCACUAGUCUAGUGAAGUGAACAGUUUGUCCUGUGCUACUAUUUAAUUUAGUCAGACCCUUUAUAAACAAUGGUCACAGCCACCGUCAGAAAUGAUAACCUAUGGAUUCAAUAGUUAAAUUGACAUCAUAAAUUUUACUUCAGAAGUCACAUUUUAGGUACUUACAAUGUUUCUAGUACAUUCCCUCAAAGAAAUGCACACUUAAUAUGAGACUGAAAGUAUAUUUGUUUAUAAUAUUUAAACCAGUUGUUAUUUUUUAUUGUUAUUUAUGUGUUUCUUGCCUAUUCAGAAACAACGAAAUGUGUUUACCCUCAACUCAAACUAAGCUUAUCAGAUGUUUCAUCUGUUAUAACUUGAUGUUUCUGUAAUGGUAGCCAUGUGCAUCCAUUACAUAGAAAAGAAGAUAUCUAUUGGUGUUUUAUUCCUAGAGUCUAUUUAUGUAGAAAGUACCAAAAUAUAAGAGAGUAUACCAUAGGUAUUUUUUUAGUGCUUUAGUUACUAGUUGGUGAUUGUACUGUCGUGUGUUGCUUUGCACUUGUAAUAUUAAUGUAUUACGUUAAUAACAUAUUUAGUUGUUUGGUGCUGUGGUAGCUGCCCUUUAAUUUGCCAUUCCAAAGAAAUGCUGUGGUUUGUUAUUUAUUCAUAUUUUUCUUUGCAGCUUGAUGCUUAUAUGUAAUUUGCGGAAGAAUUUACUGUAAUGGAACUCUUUUGUAGAAUUACCGUCUUUUAAUAUUAUGCUACUUAAUUAAACAUAGUUAUAAAAUAUUUAUUUACAGCUUUAGUAUCACUAAUGUACCCAGUUAUCACAUAGUACAUACAUUUUAAAAGCUAAUGGAAUAUUUAUGGAUUUUUUUUUAAUGACAUUUGCUGUAAGUAUUUGGAAUUGGUGUGUGUAUUACAUAAGGUGUUCCUUGUCAUUGCAUGUAGCUAAAAUUUAAGUAUGAAAUGACAAACCAACCAAAUAUCCUAAUAUGUAGAGUAUUGUGUGUUAUCAGGUGUGUGUGUAUGCUUGAGUUGUUUUAAAAAAAUAAUAAUGUAUGUGUGUAUAAAUGAUCAGACUUGUAGGUUAAGUAAUUGUCUGUGAAUCCACUUUUUUUUUUUACCACUGCAUUUACACGUAUGGUUUUAUUAUUUUUUAUCUGCUUAACAGUCAUAAUUGUAGAUUUGCAUAUUUUUAAUAUUUAUUGGCAAAUAAUAUUUAAGUUUACUAGAAAAUUAUAGUGCACCACAGAUUGCUUUUGUAGAAAUAUAUAACAGCUAUUAUAUCUUAUCUUUAUUUCUUCUAAUCAAGAUCAAAUACUAACAGUAACAUUAAUCAGAACUCAAAUAAUUUGUAGUAUAAAAUUGACGAAAGAUACAUAUUGAAAUGAACGGAAUAUAAUAAAUUAGUGAUGGCCCGAUAUUCGAUAUCCGAUAUCGGAGAUCGGUAAUAUCGGCACAUUUUUCAAUAUCGGACAUCGGUAAAUACUUGCGAUAUUUUGAUAACCGAUGUUUGCUCUCGCCAAUAAUACUUCUCACAUAACCUUAACCGUAAUUCCAAGCUUAUUUUCCGCGGACGUAAUUUAUCUUUCUUCACGUCACCAUAUUACCUAGUAAUUCCAAGCAUAUUUUCCACAGAAACAAUUUCAAGAUUUCAAGCCUAUUUCUUCUUUCUGAUACUGCAAUGCAUCCCGACGGUACAAUUCUUCCAUGUGUACACAAAUUCCAGUCAUUAGUGCAUAUUUAUUCGUUUCAGAUAUUCGCAAAAUGUUUUCGCUUGAUGAAUUUUCGAAGUUCACUAUGUGUACAUAAAUUGAAAACAUAAACGAAAAUAAUUACGAUAUUUAAUUUAAUAAGUGGUGUAGCCGUACGUAAACAUGAAGAAGAAUAAAGUUGCUGCUUGAUAUAACAGACAUUUUCUUUCCGUGUCGUUUCAUGAUCGCCAACUGCUGUUCUAUACAAAAACAUUACGUAAGUUUUUACAAAAGCUAAAAUAUGAAACGUGUUUACGUAGGGCAAGUUGCAGCAAAGGUAUUAUGUUGGCUAUAUUGAGUGCAUUGAAAACAACAUAAAUAAAGAUGUGUGGUUUUAUAAACUCUGCAGUACGUUUCAAAGUUGUAUUGAAAUUGCUUUUCACGUAUUUUUAACGUGUUUUCGCACCAAUAAAUGGAGUGAUACACUUGAACAAUGGUCACAAAAUUUACUACUUGAAGACCUUCCUUUCUAGCAUGUCGUUUACCGUGAUGAAAUUUUACAAAGGGUACAAAAGUUUGAUGUUUUUCGGCGGUAGCCUACAACUCACGUAGUUUAGGUUCCCUACCGCGUUCGUGCAACUUCGGAUUUCUCUCAAAAAUUGAAAUUAAAAAAAAAAUGUGUUAGGUUAGGUUAGUCACAACAUGCUUGAACUUCUGAUUUAGCGGCUGAAGUGGCGUUAAUAAACUUCGGAAAUCUUCGGAAAUUCUUGCAGGGAACCGAAACUGCGUGAGUUGUGGGCUUCCCGUUUUUCGGACGGUAUUUUUCGUAGAUUACAGUUGAGACACUGGACUAAGUACAUGCAGUGGCUUGUAAUUCAUACAUUAUAAGCAAAUACACUAGAGACUAAUACCGGACAGCUACAAUAUUUCUCAACAUUUCUCCACAAAAAUCUGAAAUUUGUUUCCUUGUAGUUACAAUAUGUUUUUUGCAUACUUUAGGUAAUACCUACACCAGAAUAUUGCUUUAUCUGGCCUUGAAAAACUAUUUAAAUUUUUAAGACCUUGAAUUUAGAGAGCUUAUUUGUAGGCCAUUAUGAUAAAUUCAUUAUAAGCUUUCAUUUAAUGUGAAUUUACUAUAUUUUACAAUUAAUAAAAAUAAUAUACAUUCACAUAUGAAUGUUUUAUUAAUAUUUAACAUUUUUCAUUAUUGUCUCUAACAAUACUCCAGAACCACAAUUUUAUAGAAUCAGUGUUAGAAAUGAGAUAGGCCUAUUAUCGGAAUAUCGGGUAUCGGUUAUCGGAUCGGUAAAUUUGGAAAUAUCGGAAUCGGUAUCGGUAUCAGGUUUUUGGAUAUCGGGCCAUCACUAUAAUAAAUGCCACUGUCAAACUAGGUAAUUGGCUUAAUCUAACACACAACCUCAAAAUCACCAGAUAUUUGCCUGUUAUCAUAAACUAUGGUACAGUAAUUAUAUUUUGGCUUAAAUAUGGGCCAGUAAUUUUACAUUCCUUAGCUGAUGUUUCAAAUAAUGGAAUGAACAACAAAAAACAUGAAAUUCCAAAUAAAUAUAAUUUUUAUUAAUACUACAACUUUAUUUAGAUCCAAAAUUUUAAACUUAAUAAAUUUCACAAGACUGAAAAGAAAAGCAAACAUUUUUUUAAUGUUUGAUCUUGACCACAGUUAAUGUUUAGCAUACAUAUUUUGAAUUUUGAGAUUUGUGGUAUUGAAUAUAUAUACAUAGUCAUCUUACAGUCGAGUUAAUUGUGUCUUACACACGAGGUCAUCUUAAAAUCAAAGGUUUAUAUUCUAGGUCAUCUUACAAUUCAUAACAUGUUAUGUCACUAGUUAGCAACAAUCAAAUGGUUACAGUUUGUGAAAACCACUUUUAAAAUGUAACACUGCAGAAAAUAGAUAGCAAGUUUUUAUGUUCUAGGUGACUUAUAGUUAUAGUUUAUGUGGCUAAUCAAAUGAAAAAAUAAUUUAUAAACUGAUUUAUUCUUCAAUAACAACACCGUGACCAAAUUAUAUUCCAAUACAGUUUCAGGUGUUUCACCACGUCACUUUCAUCAACACAAGAAAAUAUUUAAACCAACCAAUGUGGAAAAUCCCUUGUUAACACUUGGUAACUAGGUACUACUAGAUGUCUAGUCUCUGUGGUGCAAUUACUCUCGCAGUAACAUCCUGGCAUAUGUUUUUUAAAAAAAAAAAAAAAAAAAAUACAAUACACUACCAGGAGGCAAUGGAUACAAAGUGAAGUCGUCUUAUGUCUAAAGUCUCUCUCUAUUCAAGAGAAAUUUAUGUUUUUUAGGCAUUCUAAAUUGAAGGUGAUCUUGGCUUCUUGUAUUCAAAGUCCAGUUAUCACUGAAGAAUGUGUGUUAAUUAAUACAAUAAAAUCACGUAAAGGAAGUGAAUGUCUGAUAAGACAUUUUAACAUUUGACAAAAAAAAGGUUCAUUUAUGACUUUCAAAAAAAAAAGUAACAAAAUAUUUUAAAAAAUCCAGAAAUUCUUAUAUUAAUACCAAUAUCAAAUAUUUGCACAAUCCUAAUUUAAUUUCUAGACACAACUACCUUAGAAGUCUUCAUUUGAAUACAUACUUUGUCAGAGUAGUUAGCAUAACCAUUGUCUGUUAGUGACAUUUCUUUACCCAUUAAAUUUUUACUUCCAUUUAAGUUACAGGUGUAUUCCAAGGUAGAGAAUAUUAUUCAUGCAUGCCAUACACACACACUGAUGUACAAAUUUAACCUAUAGGCUAUAAGUAUUUAUUGUAUUUGAUCUGAUGUACUUCUUAAUAUUUGAAAUGGAUUAAUUUUAUUAAUCCAGUUUUAUGUAUGUGAUUUAUUUUUGUAGCAAUGUAUGUAUCAUAUUUUUCCUCUACCCAUCGUGAAACACCCAAUCCCAUGUCAUUAGUUUAGAAAUUCACAAAAGUAAUACUGUAGUUAGAAUGAAUACUUAAUAUAUAAAUUUUAAAUCUAUCUAAUGUGUUCAGAAUGGCGCAUGUACGUAUUGAAAGUAGAGUAUACGUAAUUGUGAUUGAAGCGUCGUGUAUUGGCCGGGUUUUGCUCGUAGCGAGCGGGAAGAGAUAAUGGUGCCAGCAGCCAGCUGACAAGGGUGUGCCUUUGUGGAUUGAAGUGUUCUUUGAGCACAUGUGAGUGCAGGUCUCGAUUGCUCUGCCGAUAGUGCCAGAAGGCGGAAUUGUGUUGGUAGUUUCCUAAUUUGUAAUCGAGGUAUCUUGUGAUUGACAACACAAAUCACAAUAAACACUUCAUUUUCCUUGUUAACUGUGACUGCUUUAUUUUUAAAUUAAUUUGUGUAACUUUGCACAUUUUAUUUUCAUUAUCUUGUGAUUUUUUUUUAGUGACUUUAAAAGACAAAAAUAAUGUUUUAUCUACUCUCAUUAGUCAUUAGCUACUGUUUUUACUGUGGAAAUUAUGGUAAAAAGUUUAUUGUUGUUAGGGGUAUGUCAAAUCGAAGUGAAAUUUUUUAAUUGAAUGUGAAUAAUUUUGAUGCUUUCAUAUUUUUUUUUUUGUGAAUUGCUUUUUGUAUCUUGCAGAGAGAUGAUGAUCAAUUGGUUGUAGUACUAAGAUAUAAAGGAAAAUUAAGAUCAAAAUAAAAUGGGUAAAAUAAGCAUAUAAACCUUAAAUAAGAAGUUUGGCCACAUUUGAUGCAUUUUCUUAUGGUUAACUAAGCCUGUUUUGUGAUUGUUGCAUUUAUUUUUUAGUAACACAUUAAUUAAAAAAAAAUAGAAUACGUAUAAUUGUAACCAUGCAGAUAUAGUUUUAGUAACAAAAACAUGUUCUAAAACUGUGUAAAAAAAAGUAUUUUUUAAAAUAGACUUCCUCUUGAAUGUUUUCAGAACAUAGUGGCAGGUUUUACGUUUUGCCAUUUGCUUGUUGCUGAUAAAAGUUCCCGGUGAUUAAUUUUGUUUUAAAAAUUUUAAUUCCUGUUUUUCUGAUUUUAGGAUUACAAAAUAGCAACAUAGGUUAGGCAUACCCAGCAUCCUAGCACAGUAGCUGGCUUUUGUUGAUUUUGUGAAACUGUGGUUCAGUUUGCAUUUUUAAGUUGUGUUAGCAAAUCACGCACAAAUUUUUGUCGUAUAGUUAAUUUACCAAAUUAAUUUUAGGUUAAAAAUUAUAUACAAUAUAAGCACAAGUAAUUUAAUUUUAACCUUGAACAGCAGUGACAAUUAAAAACCCCAUAAUUGUCAUAAUGAAAGGUUAUCACUAAAAAAAUUAAUUAUAAGUACUUAAAUGUUUCAGUUGACUUUUCUUAAAAAAAAAAAAUAGCUAGAUUCUGGUAUUGUGUUAACUUUAAGAUUCACUAAAAAAAAAUUGCAUCCUGUUUAUUUUCUACAUUUGAGCUUCUAAAAUUUAAUUUUGGUACAUGUUGAUGAUAAUAUAUUGGCUAUUAAGCUACAACAACAUUAUAAGUUAAUGUGAAAUGAAGCUAUGCCUAUUGCUAUUUGUGUUAAUAUUCACACACCCACACCCCUAAUUGGUGUACUUCGUAAUUUUUUAUGUUGUAAGUAAAAAGAAAGUAUAAUAGCCUAAAGUUUAACUUUUUAUAUUCUUUCUUAAUACUCCAUGUCCCAAAUUGCUUUUUCAGUUGGUUACAGGACCCAACAUAGCUUCUGAUAUCUGUAGAUAAUAAUUGUAUUGAUAUGUUAGGUCAUAUUUGGUGGCUGUGCUGGAAACAGUACUUCAAUUGCUAUUUGCAAUAUUCAACAGUUUGUUCAAAAAGAGCAAUUUGCAAUUGAAGAUGAAAUACCUCAGAAAAUAUUUGAUUUUCAAUGUCAACAACAAAAUUAGUGAAAAUUUUCCUAUACCUGAUCCAAUUUGAAAUGAAUGGCAUUAAAUAACUUAUUUGUUGUGCAAAGUCUACUAACUAAGCAAAAUAUAAGUUUAUCUAACCAAGAGUUUGUGAUAAAAAUGUUUUUUUCAACCUUCUAAAAAAACAAAUUGUGACUUAAGGUCAUUUUUAUAAACUGUGCAAGGGAUGCAACAUCACAACCAAAGCAAAAAAAUCACAGUCAUUUAUAAAGCACAAGUUGUAAGAUGUCACAAACCCCAUAACUUAAAAUUGUAAAACAGCAGAUUCGUAUUAUCAUGAAAACAAAAGAAAUUUUCAAUAAUUUGAUUUAAAAGUUUUUUCUUUCACUGCGUGAAAGUUAAACAAGUGUAAACAUGAUGUAUAGGUAUAAUAAAAAGAACAUUGUGGGCUUUUAUACACAUAAGGUCUGUAUUUUUAAAAGUUUUGAAACACUUCCCUUCAAGUAUAGCAGUUGAAAACGUAAGCCAAAAUGCAAAGAGGUUAAAAAUUAAACAAUAUUUGAGUUGCAUUAUUGCACCUUGCAUAGUUUAUGAACCGGUACUGUAUAAUGUGGUUGCUGAACAGGCCUAAGGUUGUUUCACGUUGUUUUCUUACAUUUUUUGUUUCGUCUGAAAUUUUUUCAACAGAUAUCUACUGAAUAUUACAUAUAAAUAAUGGUAAAAAGUCAGGCAAGUGUUGAUAAUUAUGAUCACUAGUAAUCUUUUACAUUUUGAAAAUAAUGUUUAGUAAAUAUAUGGUGAAAAUUUUUUUCACAAUUUCAAGAGAGCUAAAUGAAAAUCCCUUAGUUACAGUAAUGACAUGGAAAUGAAAUAACCAACUUUACAUGUGAGACUGGGCCUUAAGAGUUUGCAUCGCAGUGAUGGAGAUGCCUGCUGUAAUAUUUCACUGUAAUUUGUGUGUUAAAAUGUGAUUUGGGAUUGUAAAUAGAAGUACUACAUGUUUACGUCUAACAUGAAUGUUUGGUCAUGUAGGAGAAGCAAUUUACACAUACUAACUUUUCUGUAGCAAUUUUAAUGUGCAGUUCACUUUAGUGAUCAUUUCUAGCAUUAUGUUCUUAUGGAGAGGUUUGCAGGUUUAACAAUAGUGUUUUGAAAGCAGUUUGUUUUGUGUAUUGCAUAUUACUGUGUAGUCACAUAACAUCUUUACUGUGCUUGCAUUGUUUGUGAUGUAGUUUGCUAGUCUGAUUUAACUGUUAUUUUAAGAAUGUGAAUGGUUCCUUGAUCUUUGAUCUGCAAGAAAUGUAUGGUAAUACAGGCCCUAUUAAAAUAUUUUUAGCCUAAUUAUUAUUUAUCAGAAUUAAACUAUUUUGUUUUCUCAAAGUGUUGUAUUUGAGAAUUUAUUGUAUGCAUGAUACUAUUUUGCAUUAUAAAUAAUUUUGUUUAUAAAUUUCAGUUUUUUCUAACGUACUCAAAAUUGAGAUGUCAAGAUGAUUCCAAAUAAGUUAACAUAAGACUUACAACUUUGUAAUCUGUGUACUUUCUUAAACAAACAUAGUUGCCAACUUAUACUCUUAGAGGUGUGCGAAGAUUCUGAAAUUCAAAGUUGAAUUGAAGGCUAAUUUUCUUUGAGUUUGACUUUUGGGAAAUUCAAAAACCACAAAGAUUCCAAGUAUGUUUUAAGAACAGUAUACAGUAAAAGUCUGCUUUAGUGGGGCCAUAAGCAUAAACUAACACCCAUAUCAUCAACUAUUCAAGUUUUACUGGGCAAAGAAACCAGUUGAGUUGUUAAAAAUAUAUAAGAACUAUCUGAAAACCAUCAUGAGGCUUUACACUUUUUCUGUAAAAUAGCACAUAAUGCAGUGCCGCUGUGAUAUUUUUUUUGUUCAAAACAAGGUUAAAAUAAAGGUAGUUGUAUAGAUCUGGUGUAAAAUCUUGGACCACAAACGUAGAGAUAAAAGAACUUGGCUAUCCUGACAUGCUCCGGGUAGAUAAUACUCAAUGACAGGUUGCAUGCUUGCCCCUACUCCCUAGCGAUUUUUAAUUUGUGACGGCUCUGGCAAUUAUCUGUACCGGCUAACAAAAUAAGUGGCUUCUUAUAGCAUAGAGAGAAAAAAAAAGAAUGCUUUUACAAGCGCAUGUGCAUUGGAGAGAAAAAGAAAUGAAUGUACCAGGCUUUUACUACCUGAAUUGUCCUAUUCUUUAGAUAAACCAAAAAAUUCAAAGCCAAUAGUGUUGCGUACUUAAUUGAUGUAUAUACUUUCUUAAUCUCUUUUUUUUUUCAUUUAAUCAUCUAUAGAAUAAGUUUUACUUUUCUGCAGCCUGUGGAAAUAAAUUGAGUGAACAGAAACUGUUUUUUCAACAGCGACAAUAAUACUAGUCUCUUUAAGGGAAAGACUUGCACUAACACUACCUACCAUAUUUACCAGGCAGAAGGGUCACCCCUGCGUAUGGGUUACACCUUUAAUUAUGUGGGAAAAAAGUCAAACAUUUUCACCAUAAGGCUGGGUUCCCAAUUGAAAGUGCAUAGCAGGUCUUGUGCACGUGUCUUGUGUGAAAUCGGUUCACAAUUGAAAUCUUGCUGUUAAUUUCACCCAAUGAAAUUUUUCAAUUCAUCCAACAUCUGUUGGCAGUGUUAGAAAUAACAUAUGACCAGCAAUUUGUGGCCACAGUUUUUCCAACAUAUAAAUAAGGGUUAUAUAAAGUUUUUGGUUAACCAUUCUAACCAUGACACAUUUUUUGUUUACAAUUUUAGCUAGUACCUUGUAAGUUAUAGCAUUAAUUAAUUUUUAAUGCAGGAAUUACACCUGAGCAUUGUAAUAUCUUGGCAAUUUCUUGCCACAGCAUGAUUGAUAAAUAUAAACAGUUCUCCCAAAAUGGCGGAAGGUAGGGAAGACCUACAACACUGCCCUGCUGCUCACAGAAAUUCAUACUACUGCCGAGAUACUUUGGUUAAAUAAUUACACUUAACUUGUGUAGUUAUAUUUACUAAAAACAAACAUGGGUUAGUUAUUUAUGCACAUAUUUAACCUCACUGCAAUAAUUACGUAUAUUUUUUUGAAACUAAAAAUCUACAUAGAAAGUGCAACCAUAUGCUGGUAAAUACUGUAUUUUUGAAACCUCUCGGAUAUGAGUACAAGCAGUUGACACACUAAAUGUUUCACACACUUCCACAGUUACAAUUUAGUGUAUGGAAAGCAUGAGUUUUAUUUAUUUGCUUGUGACAUGUACAUGAACAGCCCGGAGACUUUCGGAAUGUUCACAACAAAUACAAACAGGCAACAAAUAAUGCAAGUACUGCAUGAAGGUUAGGCACCACCUGCGGGCAGUCUCCACAACACAACAGGCCGGCUCCUGCAGAGAAGGAUCUUAUACUGGUCGGCACCACCCGCAGAUGGGCAACACGUACAGGCAGGCACUACCCCCAUACAGAUGUUGCUAACAAUAAGCAACAUAAUUAAAGAACAAAUAACAUCUGAACACAAUAACACAAUAGCAAUGAUUGAGGACUAUAACAAGGACAGACAUCUACAUUAAAAACAAAAUAAAUUGAGUAAUAGUUAUUGCUUAAAAACAUUCAGUAUCAAUAAUACAACUACAUUAAUAAUACAUACAUAUAUAAUAUUAACAGAACAUAAUUGAAAGAAUUAUUAUAAUCAUUACAGUAAAACUAAGUAUGGUUAUUCAUAAGUUUUCGCACACUCCUUUUUCCCCAAAAAUUUUGUCAAGCUUUUCAGGAAUGUUUUUAUACUUUUUGUCAAAUCUUAAUAUUCUUAAUGAUAAUCAAAUACAUAUAAAAUGUGUAUAUUUGUGUUGACAGUGGUAGUUCCAUUUGUGCAGCAUCCAGCCUGUAGCUUAAGCUUACAUUAGUGUGUUUUUACUCUUGAAUAAGAUUAAUACCUCUUAAACUCUCAAUACAUCUGUGCAAAGAAUUAUUGUAAUUGUUUGUAAUCUGAAGUUUUUUGUGAGAGCUUAAACUCAAUAUAGCUCACUAGACCAACAACUUCAACCUAAAAUUCUCAGAUGAGUUUAGUAUGUCUGUGUGAAAUGUAUUUGUAACUUAAUAGGUUGGCAACUAUGGACACUUGUAUGGAAUGGUGGCUUCUUAGGUGUUGAGGUACUUGCAUACUUUAGUUUGUUGAACAAGUCUUGCAAUUGUUUUGCGGGAAUUGAUUAAACUUUGCAUUUAUCAAGUUAUGAAAUUAAUUGGAGCAAAACUCCGAUAAUAUUUGUUUCCAUGGGUUGAGGGGUCGGAGUAUGUUACAAAAUACAUUUGGCUUCAAUUCAUUGGUCAUCAAUUUAAUUCUUAAAGCAGCGGUUACAAGCUGAAGUGCAGAUCUUAGACAAUUUGUUGCAGCUUGGUUACUCUAAACUUUUAUUUUUUUAAUUGGAUGACAAGGGGGCCAGAUCAUUUGUGGUAUUUUAU